UUUUGUAAUUGUAUAUUUUAAUGUUUGUCUCUUUUAAAUUUGUUAAAAUUCAGUGGGAAGUUUAUACUAACAAAAAUCUCAAAGUUUACGAAUAUUUGUAAAAGUUAAUAAAAUAAUAUGAGUGCAUUUGAGGUUGUAGUUACUCCAACACGAUCGAAAUGCAAAAAGCGCGUGGAAUCUCGUGAGCCGACUGAUGUUGUGAUGGCUCCAUUUUCUGCCAAAUCAAUUGUGCAAUUUGAGGAUGUGCCCAUUGGGAAAACGGCGCGUCGUAUUCUCCGCAUUGUUAACCCUUCAACAGAGGAUAUAGAGGUAAGAGUCAUUAGGGCUAUAGAUGCUGAAUAUAACAUAUCAAUAAAUUGGACUGAAACAACUGUUCCGCGUUCGAAAACUGUCGAGAUGGAGAUGGUGUGGAGCCCUUUGGUGGACGUUGCUUGUAAAGAAAUAAUGCAACUUCUCGAUAAUAGAAAUUUCCGUAAAGAUGUAAUGGUUAUAAUGAAAACUCGCAUAGCCAAUCCUGUUAAGACUGUGCGUAAAUUUCCAACAAUCUCCACCAGUAAUAACGGCUAUGUAAGGACACUGCGGCUUAAAUCUCCCACAGGUACUUCAAAAUCUCAUAAAACAAAUUCAACACAUACGCAAUUACGCAAAUCAGUUCCAACGAUUAUUCAAAAGCCCGUUAAGCCUCAAACAGCUCCAUCCACAUCACACACACGCGCUCCCGCUCCCAGAUCAGCAUGGGUGGAUUCGAAUAGGAAGUUGCGUAAAGAACAGAAACGAGAAGCUUUUGAUGAAAUAACUAUUAACUUUACUCAUACAUCGCCUCUCACUGAACAAAAUAUAUACGCACGUAGCAAAACUAUGAAUGCAACUAUAACUUCCAUUUCGUCAACGAAAUCGCCAGUACUCAUUACUCACAAAGAGAACGUCAGUCCUUUAACUCCUAAUAAUGUUAUUGAAAUGUUCGAUAAUAUUCAAUUCACACCAAUAAACAGCGAUGCUGUUAAAAGUGGUGUUGGAAGAGAUCCCGAUAUGGAUAAUCUAGCAAAUUGGCCUACCCCAGUAAAUAUAGAUACUGUGAAAGUAAAUUUAUCAACAUUGCGGCCUCGGCGUUUAACAUCGGUAAGUGACACAACAGAUGUGGUUGAAGAUUCAAAUACUACUCGGAUGACAGUUGAGUUUCAUGUGGAUCCAAACACUCCAGGAAAUGCAAUUUUAACAAAUAAAACUUUUGAAGUUAAACAUGAAAAUAUGAAUGUGUCAGCGGAUGCUCUUGAUGCUUCCGUUAGUUAUGGUUUGACACUUAAUAAAACAAGUACGAUCAGUACAACACCCAAGUCUCGACCAUUAGCAAUGAUAGAAGAAGAAGACGUUAUCAAUUGCGGUAAUGUUGAAGCUGAAAAAACAUACGUUAAAAAUAGGGAAGAAAAAAUUGCAGAAUCAAGUCCUGCCCGGGGAGAAGAAGAUUUGCUGCGAGAUAUAAAAUUAGUUGGUACGCCACUUAGGAAAUACUCGGAAUCAAUGAAGGAUCUUUCUUUACGCUCUCCAAAUAAACGAUACUCUGCUAGUCAAGGUUCAAUGCCGAACCUUAACGAAAUGGAGACUAUACGUUCCAUCGAGCAAAAUCGAUAUUUUUAUAAUCGUGUUCAAUCACAAGAUGCUCUAAAAAUGUCCGUUAUUCAGGAACAAAGCGUUAACAAAGGAACGACACAAUAUAGGAAUGAAGUAACCGUUUCAGAAUCCACAGAUUUCGGUCUAACAUCUCACGUAGAUUUAGCCUUCAAUCAAAGUGAAAUUUUAGCGCAAUCAAGUCGUUUUAAUUUAAAUGAAGUUGGCUUGAAAUCGCGAAAGAGCAGUCCAGUCACUGUUUCUGGCAAAUGGCGAGAUUUACGAGGUGUAUCACCAAAAUCAUCAAGAACUAAACUAAUUGAAAAUUCUCCCUCAAAAUCAAAUGGUCAGAAAAGAAAUUCUCAGAACUUAUCUAGUUCUGAUGCACAAAGCAACGAAUCGUUGACCACAACAGCAAGCGAAAAGUCAAUAGCAAAAACUUGUUUUACUUCUGCCCCGUACGUAAGAUGUUCUCCUAAUAAAAACAUGAGCCUAAUUAGGGUUUCUCCUCCAAAGCGUCAACGCGUGGAAAAAGAAUUUGCUUUUGAGCGACCAUUGGUGCCUUAUUUGUCUCGUUCGAAGAAUUGGACACACACCCAGGUGAAAAAAGUAAGAAUUAUGAAAUCCACCACACCACAAAAAAUAAUGCCGCCAAAUAUUCAAUCUACAAUCAUAUCGCGCGAAACUGAAAAAUUAUAUGAUCCAGAAUUAUAUCUACAGUUUUGCAUCAAUCCCGAUCCUUUUGCUGCUAGUACAACUUGUGACCCUUUUCUCGCUUGCACAAUGUACUUAGACGAAGCGGCUGUUCAGAGGCAUCAACAUGAUUUUAAAAAGUGGUUGAAUGCAUUGGUUACAAUACCGGCCGAUAUGGAUGCCAAUAGCGAUGCUAAAAUCGAUGUUGGUAAACUUUUUAAUGAGGUGCGUCACAAGGAAUUGACGUUAGCACCCACCAAAGAAGAGCAGUCUAUGGAUUAUCUUGUGCAACACAGACUUGAGGUAGUUCGACGUGCUGCUGUCUACUUGUACCUAAGCGAUGAAGUUCGUGAACCUUGUUCUAAAGUGGCAGUAUAUGUAAAUAAAAAUGCUAUACGCAUACGGAACGAUAGAAAUUUACACCUUGAUGUAGUGAUGCAACGCUACAUAUUAGAACUGUUGCUAUGCUUUAAUCCGAUGUGGCUGCGUAUAGGAUUAGAGGUUGUUUAUGGUGAAAAAAUUCAUUUGCGGUCAAAUAGCGACAUAAUUGGACUGAGCACCUUUAUAUUGAAUCGGUUGUUUCGGGACAAACUUUUAGAAGAGAAAUAUUCACGUGCAUAUUCACUAUCUGAGGAAUAUGCCCAGUAUAUAAAAAAGUAUACGUUGACUAAAAUGCUUUGUUUGCUCCUAUUUCUUGAUAAAGCGAAGCAAAAGCGCAUUAUCAAAUACAAUCCAUGUCUCUUUGUCAAAAAAUCACCUCAUAAGGAAACAAAAGAAAUUCUAUUAAAGUUCUCAUCUGAGCUACUUGCAAAUAUGGGUGACAUAACACGCGAUUUGAAGCGUCUGGGUUAUGUCUUAGAGCAUAAACAAUGUUUUUUAGACGAAUUUAAUUACGCAUUUCAAAAUCUUGCGGUAGACCUAAGAGAUGGUAUAAGGCUGACACGUGUAAUGGAGAUCAUAUUGCUGCGCGAAGAUCUGACUAAGCUAUUGCGCGUACCUGCCAUAUCCCGCUUACAACGUAUUUACAAUGUAAACUUGGGAUUGCGGGCACUGAGUGAAGCUGACUUCAAAUUGGGCGGCGAUAUUACUGCAGCAGAUAUUGUGGAUGGGCACCGAGAAAAGACGCUGUCACUGCUCUGGCAAGUCAUCUACAAAUUCCGUUCACCGAAGUUCCAUGCGGCAGCGCGCGUUCUUCAAAAAUGGUGGCGUAGCAAAUGGUUGGCUGUUUGGGUAAACCGCCGUAUACGUGAUAAAGAGGAACACCGUCGACAAACCGCGGCAAUGACCAUACAAGCAUACUACCAUGGUUAUAUAGUUCGCAGGUGGGUAAAGUUAUAUCGUCAGCAACGGGCAGCAGCAGCUGUGGUGUUACAGAAAUAUAUCAGACGUUACUUGGCGCAAAUGAAUUUUAAACGUUCAAUAGUUGCAGUUCGCAAAAUUCAACAUUGGUAUCGCGGUUGUGUGCUCGGCGUUCGCUACCGUCGAUACUACACAAUUCUCCGCUGUUGUACGAUAUUCAUUCAACGCUGUUACCGCCGUCGUUUGUUGUCAAAAAAAUUAUUACUAGUAGCCAACGAAUAUCAGAGAUUUAUCGAAGAAAAACAUUUCAAUGCAGCUACUUGUAUACAGAGAUUUUGGCGAUCUUUCUGUGUUACAAAGCUGCAUCGCAACGCAUUCCUGAACCUGAAGCGGAGUGCACUCAUAAUUCAACGGAAAUGGCGAGCAAUAAUUGCUAUGCGACAGCAACGUAAGAAAUUUUCAUUUAUACGUGCCGCUGUUUUAUAUAUACAGCGAUAUUUUCGUGCAAAACACUGUAUGUUGCGGCAGCGCGCCGAAUUCAUACACUUGCGCACUUGUGUUGUACAGCUUCAACGACGGCGCCGUUCCAUUUUACAUAUGCGCGCAGUGCGCGAAGAAUAUAAACUGAAGCUAAAAGCUGUGCAUAUCAUUCAAACUUACUUGCGCGCCACUUUAACUAUGCACCGAGAUCGCAUGGCUUACCAAGUGUUGCGUAAAACUGUCUGCAAAAUGCAAGAGAGAUAUCGGGCUGCUCAAAGGAUGAGAUUGGAAAAAAGAAAUUAUCAGCGCUUACGGAACAGUUGCAUUAUCAUACAGCGCAAAUGGCGAGCCACAAUUCUGGCGCGUCAGACUCGUGUCCACUUCUUGACGAUACAAUACUUUGCUACCGUGAUGCAACAACGCUUCCGUGCUACACGCCUCAUGAAACAACAGCGCACGGAGUUUGCACAACUGAAGGCAGCCGUAGUCAAAGUGCAACACAGAUACCGUAGCCUUCAAAUUAUGCGCCAUGUGCGUUCAAAGUACCAAAGUGAUCGUAACAAAAUUAUACAGAUACAGCGACGUUUCCGUGCAACAAUUGAAAUGCGAUUGACACGAAUAUCGUACCAGCAAAAAAGAAACGCCGUUAUAUGUAUUCAGAACUGGUACCGCUCCAUUGAGCAGACUCGACAACAACAGCUAUCUUAUAUCCGUUUGCGAAAUUGUUGCAUUUGUGUGCAGCGCAGAUGGCGGGCACUGCAGCAAGGUCGUCGAGUCCGUCAACAAUAUCAACAACAAAUACAAUGUAUUAUUUCCAUACAGCGUCGUUGGCGAGCCACUUUAGUGAUGCGGAAACAAAACGCUGACUACCGAUGUAAACGUGCCGCUGCAUGUUACAUACAGCGGUUCUACCGAUCUUAUCGCGAAUCCUUAGCAGUACGUGCACAGUAUCUACUCCUGCGUCGGUUAGUUGUUUGUAUACAGCGAAGAUACCGCGCACAGCGCAAUAUGCGUGUUGCAAAACACGAUUUCUUGUUGCUGCGUCGCACAACAAUUUAUUUACAGCAAAAGUAUCGUGGUCUUCGUAUAAUGCACCAACAGCGAUCCGAAUUCCUUUUUGUCCGCCGAAUAGUCCUACAUUUGCAGCAGAAGUUCCGUGGGAAACAAAAAACGCAACAGCAACGCUUAGAAUACUUGCAAUUACGUAACAUUGUUAUUGGAUUGCAAUCCCAAGCGCGUGGACUAUUGGCGCGUCGCCGCUUACAAAAUAUGAUGACACCUGAAAUGGUAGAGGAACGCCGUCGGAGAAAAGCGGCUAGUUCGAUUCAGCGGUUCUGGCGCGGUUAUCGUGUACGUAAGUGCUUCCAGAGCAUGCAAAUGCGUUUGAUUCGUCGAAACAUGGCACUGUGGAAGAAAACCACUCAAGCAGCCAACACACUCAGUUACAAAAUUUCGCAUGCAGUAUGUGUUCUUCGCGAUCAUUCAAGCGCAUCGGAAAUACUACAUGUUCUCAUAUGUUUGGAUCGUAUUUCCCGUACUGUACCGCACAUUCUUAUGAACCAGUCUGACUUCGUAUCGACUUUCUGCUACGGCGUCAUGGCACAGACAAUUCGAAGUGAGGUCGAUAAACAACUAAUCCGUUACUGUAGUCGAAUUAUUUUGAACUUGGCGCGUUAUAACAGCACUACAGCUAAUACUUUCCAGGAGAGCGGGCUUGUUACCAUAGCUCAAAUGCUGUUGCGUUGGUGUGACAAGGAUAGUGAAAUUUUCAACACUUUGUGUACCCUAAUUUGGCUUUUUGCUCACUGUCCAUAUAAGCGCCACAUUAUUCGCGAGUACAUGACCACUCCAGAAGCUAUAUAUGUGGUACGUGAGACUAAAAAGCUGGUGGCGCGCAAAGAGAGGAUGAAUCAAAACCUACGUAAACCUGUAGCAUCAGCACGUGUACAAAAAACUCAACAAUUUCCCAACCGUGCAUUACCUAGCCUCGAGCCUGACUACGGGGUCAUACACUCCAAACCUUACACAUUCGUAUCAUCCGUAUUCGCAUUCGACAUGCUGCUGGCUGAGCUGGAAAUCGAAGUUUCAUAAUCUUGUCUAAUACCUGUAUUUAUGUAGUCUGGACUUUGCUUAUGUUUACUGUGGGCGUAAACCCACAUUAUUUUUAGGUCUUUGUUUGUAUGAAUUUGUCACAUCAAUAUUUGUUCUUUGUUUAUUAUCUGUUUAGAUAUUCGUACAAUCGCCUAGACUAUGCUUUCGUAUGCAUUCGCUAAACUACUGCAUUGAUAUUCGUAAUUUAUUUAUAAAAUCUGAAUAUGUUAAUUUAAGGUUUUGUCAAUGAAUAAAUUUACAUACUGAAAC